UAUUUUGAAAACAACCCCUAUCAUGUCGAAGUGCAAGAUUCUCCAGAAAUGGCGACGGACCUCAAGAACUGAAGUUUAAUUCUCCUUCGAGGACUGAGAUUUUUCCAGAGUAGCCUUCACAUAAAUCGUGCGAAAAGUAAUUCUGGGGAAGAAACAAAUCCCCAAUGAUGUCGAAGAGCUUCCUGAAUCGUAACAAUUGUGCAAGGAUUUUUCUCUUAUCGCCAUUAUCGUGCUCUCCGGCGCAUGCUUCUUCUCCUAAAAGCUUUUCCGUCGCCAAGUCGGGAAAGAUUCAGCCACUCAACCUGAAGAAGAAGAGGAGGUUGGAUGAGAUUUGCGUGGAAAGGUACCAGCAAUACAGCCGAACAAUUAUACAAUCGUGGAUAUUACAAGGCAAAGUGUUGGUAGAUGGCAGAGUAGUCAGCAAAGCCGGAACACCUGUUGGGGAUAAAGCUAAGGUUGAGAUUAUUGCUGAAAUUCCGAAAUAUGUAUGUAGAGCAGGAUUCAAGUUGGAAGCUGCCAUUGAACAGUUCGGGGUUGAUGUUGCUGGUAAAGUUGCUCUUGAUGCUGGGUUAUCCACUGGAGGAUUUACUGACUGUUUGCUUCAGCAUGGGGCUUCAUUUGUCUACGGAGUUGAUGUUGGCUAUGGGCAGGUUGCUGAUAAGAUUCGCCGAGAUGAACGUGUCUGUGUGAUGGAAAGGACAAACUUAAGAUAUCUUGCUGGACUUCCUCAAAAAGUUGAUAUUGUUACUCUGGACCUUUCUUUCAUUUCUAUUCUCUUGGUAAGGUUUCAAAUGGCUGCGGAAAUGUGUUUUAAUAGCUAUGAUGUAUAUUUCAGUUUGUUAAAUCUAACUUGAUAACAGGGUUAGAAACAUUAUUAUAGCCAUAGUUUAU